AUGUAUGGAAAAAGACCCACUGGAUGAAAAAGAAAAUUGUUGCUGUGAAAGUUGAGAAACUAAAAUUUUAAACAACACUGCAUUUAAAGAAUUAUAAUCUGUAUCUUAUAAGGAAUACUGCGUAGGAUACGGAGAAGGCAAGGAAGCCAGCAAGAUGGGGUGGAAGAAAAAGUUUUCUGGGUUAGAAACCACACUUAUUGUGCUGUUCAUACUGGUGACCAUAGUAUCAGUUGUUCUCAUAGUGCUUUUAGCAACAGGAGAACCAGGUGAAGAUUGCAACAGAACCACUCAGUUCAUUCCAGAAUGUCCAAGUAUUCACGAAUCAGAACGAGUAGACUGUUAUCCAGAUGGCGGUGCAUCAAAGGAUAAAUGCGUAGACCGUGGUUGCUGCUGGCUUCCUAUUUCAGAGACGAAUGUGCCUUGGUGUUUCUUCUCAAAGAAUCAUGGGUAUGAAGCCGUGCAUGUCCAGAGACCCUCCCAAAAAGGGUUUGAAGUUCAGCUCAGGCGACUUCCUGCACCUUCAUUAUUUGGGAAGGAUAUUGAACAAGCUCACUUCUCUGCCGAGAUACAGACGCAGAACCGCUUCCGUUUCACGAUCACAGACCCUAAUAAGGCAAGAUUUGAAGUUCCCCAUGAACAUAUAAAGCCUUUUACUGGUCCAGCAGCAUCCAGUCCCAAUUAUGAGGUGGAACUUAUUCACAAACCGUUUGGAUUUAAAUUAAGAAGAGCAACAACAAAAAAAGUUUUAUUCGACACUACUAUGGGUCCAAUUCAGUUUGCAGAUCAGUAUUUACAGUUGACUGCAAGAUUACCAAGUCAUAAUAUUUACGGCCUCGGGGAACAUGUGCAUCAGAAUUUUCAGCACAGCACUGAUUGGAGAACCUGGCCCAUGUUUACCAGAGACGCAUUCCCCAAUGGAGGAUCGCACAACUUAUACGGCCAUCAGACUUUCUUCUUGUGCCUGGAAGAUAACAGUGGAAUGUCACUUGGUGUAUUCUUACUGAACAGUAAUGCUAUGGAGGUAACACUUCAGCCAACACCAGCUAUAACUUACAGAACAAUCGGUGGGAUUUUGGACUUCUACAUCUUCUUAGGAAAUUCUCCUGAAGCUGUAGUUAAGGAAUACUUGGAGCUCAUUGGAAGACCUGCAAUGCCUUCCUACUGGUCACUUGGAUUCCAACUCUGUCGCUGGGAUUAUGGGUCUAUUGAGGAACUUAAGGCAACUGUGGAACGAAACAGACAAAUAGGCCUCCCAUACGACAUCCAGUACACCGAUGUUGACUAUAUGGAGGACAAGAAGAUCUUCACAUAUGACUUAAAGAACUUCCACGGACUUCCAGAAUUUGCUGACGAUUUACAUAACCAUGGACAAAAAUAUAUAAUUCUAUUAGACCCAGCAGUUGCCACAUCUGCCAGAAUCUCUGGCCCAUAUCAUACAUACAAUUUGGGCAAUGAAAUGGGUGUGUGGGUUUAUGAAGCUGAUGGAACGACUCCAUUAAUUGGAGAGGUUUGGCCUGGUGAAACUGUUUUCCCUGACUAUACUAACCCUGCAUGCAAUACAUGGUGGGUUGACGAAUGUGAGAAGCUUUUCAGGGAACUGAAAUAUGAUGGGCUCUGGAUUGACAUGAAUGAAGUCGCAAAUUUCAAGAAAGGAUCUGCCAAUGGGUGUGCCGCUAAUGAUUUAAAUUACCCUCCUUUUACCCCCAGCAUUCUUGAUGACCUUAUGUAUUCAAAGACCCUGUGUAUGGAUGCAAAGCAAACCUGGGGAGCCCAUUAUGAUGUCCACAGUCUGUAUGGAUAUGCAAUGACGCUGUCCACUGAGGAAGCUCUCAAGCGUGUUUUUCCUGACAAAAGAGGCAACAUUCUCUCAAGGUCCACAUUUGCUGGAUCAGGCAAGUUCACAGGGCAUUGGCUGGGAGACAAUGCUGCCAAUUGGAAUGAUAUCAAAUGGGCAAUUCCAGGAUUGCUUGAGUUCAGCCUUUUUGGAAUACCUUACAUUGGAGCAGAUAUAUGCGGUUUCUUUGAUGACACUACAGAGGAGCUCUGCACACGAUGGAUGCAAGUUGGGGCAUUUUAUACAUUUUCUAGGAAUCACAAUGCUCAAGGAUAUAAACCUCAGGAUCCUGCUUAUUUUGGUGCCGACUCCCUUUUAGUGAAGACUGCCAAACAUUACCUGAAUAUUCGAUAUACCCUGUUACCGUACCUCUACACCCUUUUCCAUCACGCUCACGUCAAAGGGGACACCGUGACACGGCCAAUGAUGCACGAGUUUUAUUCAGAUCCUGCCACGUGGAAAGUUGACCGUCAAUUCCUUUGGGGACCUGGUCUUCUCAUUACACCAGUCCUGGACCCUGGUACAAGCAUAGUGAGCGCAUAUAUACCAGACGCAGUGUGGUAUGAAUAUGAAACGGAGGUUAGAAUUACUCCCCGCAAACAACAGGUCGAUAUGUAUCUUCCUGCUGAUAAACUGGGACUUCAUCUUAGAGGUGGUCACAUCUUUCCAAUACAACAACCUGCCAAUACCACAGUAUACAGUCGUAAGAAUCCUAUGGGACUGAUUAUAGCUCUGGAUGACAAUGGCAAUGCUGGUGGAGAGCUGUUCUGGGAUGAUGGAGAGGCAAGAGAUUCAGCAGAAAAGGGGGUUUACAUUCAUUAUCAAUUUUCAGUUGUUCCAGGCCUUCUGAAAAUGGUGGUGUUGAAAAAUGGCUAUGCAGACCCACACAACUUGAAGUUUGAAGAAAUUAAGAUCCUUGGAGUAUCUGAAGCUCCAUCUUCUAUGACUGUGACACACAAUUCCAAUGUUACAGCAGUGCCUUUUGAGAAUUUUCAGUACGACACUAACAAGAAGGUUCUUCAUGUAACAGGUCUUCAGCUUGAACUCGGUCAGAGUUAUUUGGUGCAAUGGAUUAAUGACGUUUACCUUGAAAUUGAAAGAUUUGACUGCUACCCUGAAGACAAUAGCAACCAGGCUGCUUGUGAAGCUCGUGGUUGUAUCUGGAAGACUGCAAACACUCCUGGUGUGCCCUGGUGUUUUUAUCCACGUGACUAUGGUUACAUCACUAAUCCAGUCACUAACACUUCAGAGGGACUUUCAUUUCAAAUUAAAAGGAAUACUGCUCACCCAAAACGAUAUACAGAUCAGUCUCCUACCAUAGAAACACUUCAGGUGGAUGUGAAAUACCUGGACAACUACAUUCUACAGUUUAAGAUCUAUGACCCAAAUAAUAAAAGAUAUGAAGUUCCUGUCCCUUUUAAUAUCCCACAAGACCCAACAAUUGAUCCAAGCAAACGGCUUUAUGAAGUUAUUGUUGAAAACAGUCCAUUUGGUAUUAAGGUGAAAAGGACCAGCACUGGAACAAUCAUUUGGGAUUCUCACCUGCCAGGCUUCACAUUCACAGAUAUGUUUAUUCAGAUAUCAAACCGGUUACCCUCCAAGUAUGUGUAUGGUUUUGGGGAAACUGAACACCCUACUUUCAAGCAUGAUUUGAACUGGCAUACCUGGGGAAUGUUUGCCAAAGACCAGCCCCCUGGUUACAAAAUGAACAGCUAUGGUGUUCACCCAUUUUAUAUGUGCUUGGAAGACGACGCAAAUGCUCAUGGGGUUCUGUUACAUAACAGCAAUGCUAUGGAUGUCACCUUUCAGCCAACCCCAGCUCUAACAUACCGAACAGUGGGAGGAAUUCUGGACUUUUAUUUGGUUUUAGGACCAACUCCUGAACUGGUUGUCCAGGAAUAUACAGCACUUAUUGGUCGCCCAGUACUUCCAGCCUAUUGGUCCUUGGGAUUCCAGUUGUGUCGCUAUGGAUAUGAGAAUGAUACAGAAAUAAAAGAGCUGUAUGAAGGCAUGAAGAAGGCCGGAAUACCAUAUGAUGUCCAAUAUGCUGAUAUUGAUUAUAUGGUGAGACAGAUGGAUUUUACUCUUGGUGACAAUUUUGCAGGGCUCCCAGCUCUUGUAAACCAAAUGAAAAGCGAGGGAAUGCGUUUUAUCGUCUUGUUGGAUCCAGCGAUUUCAGGGAAUGAAACAUCUUAUCCAGCAUUUGACCGAGGAGUCGAAGAUGAUGUAUUCAUCAAAUGGGCAGAUGGAAGUGACAUUGUCUGGGGAAAGGUUUGGCCUGAUUAUCCCAACAUUACAGUUGACGAGUCAUUGGACUGGGAUACACAAGUCGAGCUAUACAGAGCAUACACAGCUUUUCCUGACUUUUUCCGUAACCAAACAGCAACGUGGUGGCAUCGAGAAAUUAAGGAGUUUCACACUCAUCCAAACGACACAGAAAAAAGCUUGAAGAUUGAUGGCCUCUGGAUUGAUAUGAAUGAGCCUUCCAGCUUUGUUCAUGGGUCUGUUAUUGGGUGCAGAGAUCAAAGGUUAAACAACCCACCUUACAUGCCACCUCUGGAAUCAAAGCAUUUAGGACUAUCCCAUAAAACUAUAUGUAUGGAAAGUCAACAGUUCCUGCCAGAUGAUACUCCAGUCAGACACUAUGAUGUUCAUAAUCUUUAUGGGUGGUCCCAUACCAAGCCAUCGUACGAUGCUCUACUGGAUGUAACAGGCGAAAGAGGAGUUGUUGUCACACGAUCAAGCUACCCAUCCAGUGGAAAAUGGGCAGGUCACUGGCUUGGAGAUAACACCUCAGCUUGGGAUCAGAUGUACAAAUCUAUCAUUGGUAUGUUGGAGUUCAGUCUGUUUGGAUUUUCCUAUACUGGGGCAGAUAUUUGUGGAUUUUUCAGAGAAACCACCUAUCAAAUGUGCUUACGCUGGAUGCAACUGGGCGCUUUCUACCCAUAUUCAAGAAAUCAUAAUGGAAAAGGAAGCAAAAGACAAGACCCUCUUGCUUUUGAUGAGAAAUUCCAGAAUGUUUCAAGAGAUGUUCUUAACAUCCGCUAUACACUUCUGCCAUACCUGUAUACUCUUAUGUAUGAAGCACAUAGCCAAGGCAGCACUGUAGUUCGACCUGUUUUUCAUGAGUUUGUUAAUGACAAAAUAACAUGGGAUAUACAUAAACAGUUCCUUUGGGGGCCAGCAUUGUUGAUUAGCCCAGUAUUAGAUGAGCAUUCUUCUAUAGUCCAUGCCUAUGUACCAAAUGCACGCUGGUAUAACUAUCAUACAGGGGAGGCAAUUGGUGUUAGAGGGCAGUGGUUAGACAUCCCAACCCCUCUUGAGCAGAUUAACCUUCAUAUCAGAGGAGGGUACAUUAUUCCUUGGCAAGAGCCAAGUAAUACAACUGCUUAUAGUCGAAACAAUUUUAUGGGACUCACUGUUGCUAUAGAUGACAAUGGAUUUGCUCAAGGUUCCCUUUUUUGGGAUGAUGGAACUAGCAUAGAUGCAUAUGAAAAAGGAGACUAUUACUUUGCCACAUUUAGUGCCAACAAGAACACAUUGGUUACUAAUAUAUGGCACAACAAUGGCACAAACACAGCAGAAAGACUGGGAUUAGGAUAUCUUAAGGUGUGGGGAGCAGGAAACAUUCCAGUUGUGAAAGUGACUGUAAUGUAUAACGGUGUUUCUGAGCUUAUUGAAUCCUUUAAUUUUAAUCACAACCUCACAACCCAGGAGCUUGUCAUUUCUUUAAAGGACAAGGCAUAUUUUAUGGACAAGCCCAUCCAAGUCACUUGGAAAACAACAUUCCAAUGAGUGCAAAGCAACUAACUGGUUGAUAGCAGAAUCCAUUUAUAUGGGGUGAAACUGUUGAAAGUUACUGGGGUCAGGCUGUAAUAUAUAAUCAAGUACUUUCUUAUGACUACAAGGGUAACACCGACCUUACAAAUUAUGUAAUUGAAUGUACAAUAUUUUAAAUGUUCUUGCUUUUGUUUCAUCUCACAUUUGGGUUUGUAUUGCUUCAUAAAUAUUAAUACAUUUCUAUUUGUCCAGUUAUAGUUCAAGGUUCAAUAAAAACAAUCAAUUUCAGGACAUAAAACUAAAAA